CUGAUAAAUACUUCUAAUACAUUGACAGUCAUAUGUAAACUACUUUUAAAUCAUCAACAAAAACGAAAAAUAUGUCUGAAGUCCGUCGUCGCAAAAAUACAAAUGACUCUGAGGGGUUAUCAGAGACUUCGUUUGAAGAAAUUAAAAAAGUAUCAGAUUCGGAGACAGAUAAUAAUGAAUUGUCAACUCUUGACUGUCCUGACUCUGAAUAUGAAACUGUAGAGGAAUCUGGAUCUGAGUCUGAUGAUACAGAUCAUGUUCCAUCAAAUCGGAAUAGUUCAUUAGAUCUAAGUGAUAAAGAAGAUGCUAAUGAUGAAAGUGUUAUUUUGGACUUGGAACGACAGAGUGGCGAUGGUGAGGAAGAUAGCGAAAAAAAGAAAGUGGACGAUGAUGAAGACAAAAGUAACCCCCAGUAUAUACCAAAACGAGGAACUUUUUAUGAACAUGAUGAUAGAACUGCGGAAGAUGGUAUUCCGGAUGGAGCAGAAGCAAAAACUGUUGAUACUGAACAAGAAGAAAUUCCCAUUAAUGAGAAAGCUACAGGAAAACCUAAAAAAGUAUGGCAACAAAGUCAGGAUAGAUGGUCACAUGAUAGGUAUGAUGAAGGUGAGCAGGCUCCUAAAUCAAGAUCUGAAUUGAUUGCUGCAUAUGGAUAUGAUAUAAGAAAUGAGGAAGGCCCGCCGAAAGCCAGAAGGGGUCAUAGAUAUGGGCAUGGUCCUAAUAAAUAUACAAGAAACUGGGAAGAUUUGGAAGCAUAUGGCAAACAAAAGCCAACACAAAGAAAACCAAAAGCAGAAGAUUUUCCAGCUCUUCAAUAUGAAAAGGGUUCAUCUUAUAAUAAUGAUGUUUCAGAGCAUUCAGAUAAAAAGAAAGUUGAGGAAAGAGGAUCUUCUAGAAUCAAACGCAAUAAGCAGAAUAAUGUCCGUAAUAGAAAUAAUAGAUUCAAUAAAUUUGAUCGCAGAGAUAAACAAACUAAUGAAUAUAAUGAAAAUUCACAAAAAGGAUACAAUGAAAUUAAAGAAAAUACUAACAAUAUAAAUGAAAAUGAUCCUAAACAUAAGAAAUAUGAUAAUGAAAGGCAUCAACAUAAUAGUGGAGACAAACGUGGCCCAAAUAGACCUUUUAAAAAUCGGAAUACAUUAGAGUUUAAGAGCCAUAAUAGGAAUAAAAUUUCUAACACACAGCAUAGUAAUUCUCACAAUAGUUCAGAUGGGCCAAUAAAUAAUCAUUAUGAAUUGGCAUCUACUAUUGAGGCACAGAAAAAUCUGUAUGAUAUUCAAGAUAAGGAAGACAAUACAGAUAAUAUUAUCACUCAAAGUUUUAAUAACACAAAAUUAAAAUGUGAGGAUAGUGUAAAUAGCAUAAAAUACAUGGAUAACAUUAAAACAACAUCCCAUAAUAAAAGCAUUGCACAGCCUAGUGGUAAUGAUCAUAUUCGAGGGGGUAAUGUUGCUCCACCUAGAAUGCAAGAUGUUGUCCGUCCGAAAAGAUAUUCUUGUCAAAGACCUGGUGGUAUUGUACCAGAAACAAACAUGCAAGGCCAACCGCAGCAACAACAACCUGUAUAUCAACAGAACUACUAUGCAACUGAAUAUACUCCGCCUGUAGCAAAUGAACAAAAUAAUUCACAUCAAGGACAACAUAUACCACAAGCACUAAAUGGGAUGCCCCAAGCAGGGGGUCAGGUAGUACCUCCUAAUAUUUCUGUGCCACCCCCACAAACAAUGCCUUAUGUACCAGAACCAGUUCCUACACAGGUCAUAACCACUAGUAAUCAAGUGAUGCCGCAACAAGUUCUUGCCCCUCAAUAUCCUCCAAGUUCUAUGCAGUUUAAUUCGGGGGGACCCUACAUGGCUCCAAAUAAUACUUUUAUACCACAAUCUUUAGGUUAUCCUGUUCCUCCUCCUCAACAUGCACCCCCAACACAAUAUCCUCCCCAAUACCCUCAAUACCCGGCUCCUACAGCUUUUAAUGCAGUGCCAAAUCCGCCUCCUGCAGGCCCUAUGUUCCAACCACAAGGAGGAAUAACAUAUUAUUCUCCUCAAGGGCAACCUUUGCCACCAAGGUUAGCACCACGUAGACCUCGAAGUUCUGCGAUACCUAUUGUACCACCACCUCAAGUUACACAAGAAAACUCUUCACCUACGCCAGAUCAAACAUCAGACAAUGAUGGUGUUCACAAUAUAGACCACAUAUUGGAUAACAUGUUUGUUCAAAGGCAUCCAUAUGAUCCAUCAACUAGCAAUAAUUUAUGCAACAUAAAUGAAAAGGUGCAAGAAAUGUCAAUAACAGAAACAUCAAAUGAUGAAACUCACAUCCAAAACUCAACAAAUGAAAUUGAGAAUACUUCAAAUGAAAAUGCACAAACUAAUAGUGUAGAGACUUGUGAAAGUAAUGAUAUACUUCCCGUAGCUACUUGAAAAGGAUAAUGUUUUUUAAUUUUAAAGUUUAUUUAUGGAUUGGUGAUUUUUGUUUUAUUAUUUGAUUUUUGCAUACAUUUCUCAGAGAUUGUCUAAUUCACCAUGAGGCAUUUUCAUAAGAUAAUAUUUGAUUUCAUAAAUGUUUAUGCACUGCAUGUUUUACCCUUCAUUGAGUGAAUGCCUCAUGUUGAAAUAGAUAAAGUAUCUAUAGAUGUAUGUAGAUUCAGUUAUGUAAGUGUUUAUAUCUAUUCACAUAUUGCAAUUUGUGAGGGUUGUAAAAAUUUAAUUACAUAUAUAUAUUUCACAUACAUCAAUAAUUAAAU